AUGAAUAGUACUUAUACAGAGACAGGUCCUACUAUGUCUCCUCAUCAACCGUUAGAUUCACCAUCAAUAAAAGUGGAACGAGCAGCAGAAGUAUCUUUGUUAACUCAAAGAACUACACCCCCUCCGCCAUUCCCACCACAACAACAGAAUUUGCUGACCAAACAAUCUCAGGGCCAUGUGGAACAACCUUCUCUUCAACAACAAUCCGCACUUCUCAACAUAGGAGAUAUACAAUCCCAUACAUCACAACAACAACAACUGCAGCAACAACCACCUCCUCCCACAAUGGUUGUUCCUUCCCUUCCUUCUCAAAGGAUUGAUAAUCGACAAUCUCCUUUUAAUACUUCCGCUUCACCAAAUUCCGCGAAUGCAACUGAAAAUCAAUUGCAACAAUUGUCACCACCACAACAACAACAACCAAAUCAACCCCCCAAUACAUCCAAUAAUAACCCAGAUCCACAUAAUACAUCACCAGAUAGUUCAUAUGUUGCCAGCACAACUACUGGUGUUGUUGUAGAUAACAACGAAGUUACCCAUCUGCCCCCUUCAUCAUCAGCAACCGCACUCACAUCUGUAACAUUUGGUACUGCCACUACAGCUGCUACUACAAUUACUGACAUCAAUUCAUCAUCAUCUUCUUCACCUUCAAAAGAGAAGCUAUUUUCAUUGGAUCAACAAAUCAAGAUUUUAAGUUCAGCAAAUCCGUUGAAUAUUGAUGAAUAUUCCAAUCAUUUAAAUAAAAUUGCUAAUAUUUUACUUUAUGAUUGUGAUUUAUUAACUAAAGAACAAUAUUCAAUUUUACAAUCCAAAUUUUUCCAUUUAAUGGAUGAAUUAUAUAAAUUCAUUAAUUAUGACGAUCCAAUCAAUUCAAGACUAUAUUUAAUAAUUGAACGUAAUUUUGAUGUCUUUAUUCAAAUUUCAACUGAUGGUUCAAAAUUUAUGGAAAUUUCAACUAAAACAAUUCGAUUUUUAACUUCUGUAUUAAUGAAUUUAAAUUAUUGGGAAAUUUAUAAUUUAUUAAAUUGGAAACCAAUUAUUUAUCAUUUUUUGAAUUUAAUUCAAUUUGAUUUAAAUGAUUGUUAUUUAAAAUUCAUAAAUGAAUAUCAUAAGUUUAAUUAUUCAAGAUUACAACAACCUGAUCCACAACCAAGAUCUUCAUUAAAUUCAAAAUUAAAAUCAAAACGUCAUCAAAAGAAAUUAUAUUUACAGCUGAAAUCAAAGAAAAGACAUGGUGGUGAAGGUGAAGAUCAAGAUGAAAAUGAUUCCGAUCUGGAAACAACAACAACAAGAUUGACUACAAAACAACGAAAAAGACUUAAAGGAGAUAAUAAACCUGCUGGUCAUAGGAUUAUUAAAAAGGGAGGUCAAGUUAUCCCCAAUAAUUGUGCCAUAAAUACAGCUCCAUAUGGAUCAGCAGUCAAAUCAACUAAUUAUGAUCCAGAUGUCAUUCAUGAAUGUCAAUUACCUUCUCCUGAAGAACCCCAUAAAUUAUGUUUAAGACGUUUCUCUAGAAAAUAUGAAUUAAUAAGACAUCAAGAAACAGUUCAUUCAAAAAAGAAAAAAUUAUUUAAAUGUUAUGUAUGUGUUAAACAAAAUCCUUCAAUUGGUCCAAGAAUUUUCACUCGUCAUGAUACUUUAGCCAAACAUAUUAGAGUUAAUCAUAAGAUUUCUGGUAAAGAAGCUAAAGCUGAAGUUGCAUAUUCAAAAAAACAUGCAGAAGUGGUUGAAGAAGGUGAUAUUACUGUACAUGUUGGAAGACGGAAAACUAAAGUUGAUUUUGAAUUAAGAGCUCACAUGGAAAAAAGAAGAAAAUCAAAAUGUGGUGAUAAUGAUGAUGAUAUCGAAACAAAUAGUGAAAUGGACUCUGAUAUGGAGAUGGAUGACCAAGACCAAGAACAAGAGCAAGAGCAAGAGCAAGAACAAGAACAAGAACAAGAACAAGACCAAGACCAAGACCAAGAAAGUAGUAUUACUGCUUAG